UCUAAUACUCUCUUCUUCUUAAGCUCUGUUCUUUCUUUUGGGGUGUUUUUCUAUACGGUGCAGGGAGCCAUUGUUUGUGAGUGGGUUACCUGCGCAGAGGCCGUUCAAAAGCUGGGUUUUUAUUGAAACUUAUCCAGCCUACUAUAAUGGAAAUAAUCCCAAGCAAAUUGCCACGCCCGGUUCAUCCUCCAUGGAAGAUUCGUCGGGUCCUCCCUGGCCACUUGGGAUGGGUGACAUCCAUUGCUUUUGAUCCAAGCAAUGCAUGGUUUUGCACCGGCUCCGCAGAUCGCACAAUCAAGAUAUGGGAUGCGGAAAGCGGAAGGCAAAAACUCACGCUGACAGGACACGUUGAACAAGUACGAGGCCUUGCUGUCAGCGCCAAACAUCCAUACAUGUUUUCCGCCGGCGAUGACAAACAAGUCAAAUGUUGGGACCUUGAACAGAACAAGGUUAUCCGGUCAUAUCACGGCCAUUUGAGUGGUGUUUAUUGCUUGGCUCUUCAUCCCACCAUCGACAUUUUGCUGACUGGGGGGCGUGAUUCUGUCUGCCGGGUCUGGGAUAUUCGUAGCAGGGCACAAAUAUUUGCUCUCUCCGGCCACGACAACACUGUUUGCUCUGUGUUUACUCGAGCUAUGGAUCCACAAGUUGUCACUGGCUCCCAUGACUCCACCAUCAAGCUCUGGGACCUCAGAUUGGGAAAAGCAACGUCGACUCUCACCGACCAUAAAAAGUCUGUGCGAGCAAUGACGGUGCAUCCCAAAGAGCAGUGUUUUGCAUCUGCAUCAGCUGACAACAUCAAGAAAUUCAGCCUUCCAAAAGGGGAAUUCUGCCACAACAUGCUCCCUCAGCAAAGAACUAUAAUCCAUGCAAUGGCUGUCAAUGAGAAGGGUGUAUUGGCUACAGGAGGUGACAACGGAAGUUUGUGGUUCUGGGACUGGAAGAGUGGUCACAAUUUUCAGCAAGCCCAGACAGUUGUGCAGCCUGGCUCACUGGAUAGUGAAGCUGGUAUUUAUGCACUUGCCUACAACCAAACUGGUUCAAGGCUUAUUACUUGUGAAGCUGACAAGACAAUCAAAAUGUGGGAAGAAGAUGAAGAAACUCAUCCCCUUGAUUGAUUACCAUUCUUUGUAUUCUCUUUACUUACCAUAGUUUUCUUGUAUUGUAAACACUUCUAGUUGAAUAAUAGAACAAUAUAGGCCCAUCGGGUUUUUUGCCGAACCA